AUGCGCCUCCUCCUGGAGUUGUCUCGGCUCUUUCCCAGUUGGUGUGUUUCUGCUGACGCGUUGGCAUUUUUGUGGACCUGCACUAGUACCACCACCACCAUCACCACAAAUCCGGCCUCCACGCCCAAGCGCCCCAAAGGAGGUGCUGGCAACCGGCGCGCCCAGGCCUGCCGCCCCUGCGUCGUCCGCCUGACGGCUGACAACCUUCAGGUUGUCGUUCAGGAGCGGUACCCGGGCGUGCCCGGUUACAAUUGCGUGUGCCACGACCAGCGUGGUACCGGGCACCCCGCCGGCGCCUGGGAGGACGCAUCGCCGGUGUUCUACCAGACUGAGAACGCCGUUCCCGCCGCGCGCGCCGAGGCCGCCGCGAGGCUGCCGCCCGACCCCCGUGGCCUUGCCCCCGCCCCCGCUGCUGUCUCGCAGCCUGUCGCCGCCGCCCUCACCGCCCACCAGCUGGCCGUACAGGCCAGUCUCAGUCGCAUGGAGUCGUUCCUCGAGCGCCUCGUCGCUGCUACCGAGGCCAACGUGGGCGACGAGCCCGAGGAUGAGGAAGAGGUCGUUAUUCAGGGUGAGGAGUGA